AUGGGUAAUGAAAUUUCAAAAAUUAAAAAAAAGAUAAUCAUAAAUGAUAAAGAUUUUAAAGAUUUUAAACCUGAUAAUCAUGGACAUCAUAAAAAAACAAAUUCAAAUACUGGAUUUCCCGUGGUUGAUUAUGAAUUAGAAGAAGAAAAACAUCGCCACGAAAUUCUCUUAAAAGCUUGGAACUCAAACUUUUAUUCUCCAGUCGAAUCUAUUUUAAAACAUGGUAAUGCCAAAGUUCUCGAUAUUGGAUGUGGAUUUGGCGCGUGGAUAUACGAUAUGGCAUUAAACUAUCCACUUUCACAUUUCACUGGAAUUGAUAUUAUAACCCCAAAAGAUUCUAUCCUUUCAAAUGUCAGCCUUGUACAAGCUGAUGUUUUGAAAGGAUUAAAAUAUUCAGAUUGCUCUUUUGAUUAUAUUCACGGCAGAGAUUUAUUAUGGUAUAUUACAACAAAAGAUGCACGCAAAUUAUUUCCAGUAUCUAGUUACUUUCGAAAUCAUGGAAUUUUUCCUUAUGAUUUUUAUAAAAAUUUAUCGAAAAUAUUUAAAGAAAAUAAUCUUGAAUAUCAAGUUGAAGAGAAAACGAUAAGUUUUUAUGAUUCUGAAUUGUUAACAAAAAAAUUCAUAAUUUUGUUUAAAAUUUUAAAAUCCGUUAUUCUUGAAUAUACAAGCAUUAGUUCUGAAAAAUAUGACGAAAUUCUUGAUAAAGUUUGGGCUGAAGUCAUAGAAUAUAAAACUUCAUUUCGGUCGAUAAGAUAUUUUGGGAAAAAAAUCUUGCUUAUUUAA